GAACCUUGCUGGAUUUUUUAGCUAUAGGUGUUUUACAAACAUGGUGCUGUCGUUGAACCAUUUAGAUACGUAAUUAGUGGUUGGCGUGAUUACUUUCUCCCUAAGUUUCUUCGGAGUGGAACCGGAGACAUGUUUUCAUGUUGAAAUGACCCUCCCUUCACGCAGGGGAGGUUGUGAACCAUGACAGAUUGUAAUGUGAACUAGAAGAUAUUCAUAUUCUUAUGACACAGUUCGGAAUAAAUUCCAUUUCAAGACCUUGUGCAAAAUAAGGUGCCAUGUUUCUCAGUUUCAUGUGGCUAAUAAUUCUAUGCUGAUAUGAAUUACCAGAGUGAUGUGACACUGUAACAUGUUAGAACUGGUAAAGCAGUUACUGAGAGAUAUCUGGAGUCUGCAAUGAAUGCACAGACAGCAGAUUCGCUGACUGUGCUGCAUGGUGCAGACACAGCACAUGCUCAUGCUGUAGUUACUGAUGAGGAAGAUGACGAUGGAUGUCCAUCUUCCCCAGGCUCUAGCACGCAAUAUGUCGAAGGCGGUGACUUGAUGGCCGCUGCUAUGAAUGAUGAGGUGACAGCGCAGCUCGCCGCAGCAGGUUGGCAAAAGACACACGGCCCUGUGGGAGUAGCAGCAGCAGCGGCCAUAGUAUCGGCUAAGAAACGCAAACGACCACACUCCUUUGAGACCAAUCCCUCAAUUAGGAAGAGGCAGCAGAAUAGAUUGCUUCGAAAGUUACGGCAAACAAUCGAUGAAUUUGCGACGAGGGUAGGACAGCAGGCUGUUGUAGUUGUAGCAACGCCUGGCAAGCCCCAAAACAGCUUCAAAGUGUUUGGGGCUAAACCACUAGAAGAUGUGAUGAGGAACAUCCGCACAAUGAUAAUGGAUGAAUUGGAAUCUGCAUUAGCACAACAAGCUCCACCACCCGUCCAGGAAGACCCGUCGCUGUAUGAAUUACCUCCACUUAUCAUCGACGGUAUCCCUACGCCUGUUGAAAAGAUGACUCAAGCACAACUGCGAGCCUUCAUUCCUCUGAUGCUCAAAUAUUCGACAGGGCGUGGGAAACCAGGGUGGGGUCGUGAGUCGACGAGACCUCCUUGGUGGCCCAAGGAACUGCCUUGGGCAAAUGUGCGUAUGGAUGCGCGCACAGAGGAUGAGAAGCAAAAGUGCCGCAAUUUGCAGAUAUCGUGGACACAUGCUCUGCGCCAAAUAGUCAUCAACUGCUACAAGUACCAUGGGAGGGAAGAUCUGCUCCCUGCAUUCAGUGAGGAUGAAGAGGCCAACGGAACUGUGACAGCGGUCGUUUCUGGCAGCUCUUCUAGUAACACUGGCUCAGCAUCACUUGUGGGCACUGCUGCUACCAGUACUGGUACUGCAACCAUUGUGGGAACAGCGAAUAGGAGUUCAGUGUCUGCUGCAACACAGGCAACAGUGACAGCGCAGUAUGCUCCAGCAGUUCUGCAGACAAUUAGCAAUGCAGAUGGUACAGUCUCCAUCAUCCAGGUGGACCCAAAUAAUCCUAUCAUCACAUUACCUGAUGGUACAACUGCUCAAGUCCAGAGUGUCACGGCUCUGGCUGAAGUUGGCCCAGGUCAAGGUGAAAAUGUGGCUGUGGACCUUAACAGUGUAACAGAAGCCACUCUUAAUCAGGAUGGCCAGAUCAUUCUUACUGCAGAGGAUGGUCAUGGUUAUCCAGUAUCUGUCUCUGGAAUGAUAACUGUGCCAGUCACUGGAUCAAUGUAUCAAACUGUGGUGGCAAAUCUACAACACCUCCAUCCACAAGGGGAGCCAGGUAGUUUGCAGGGUGAAGACCGUCUGUUCCAGGUGGUGACACCAAUGGUACAGGUACCAAAGGCAGAGCCAGGGGGUGAUGCAUCUGCUGCCACAGAGGUGGAGGCUAUCACAGUAACGCCCCAGCAGUUGCUGGGACCACACCAGCUAGUUAGUGUCCCUGGUGAACCACAGCUACUGCAGGUUCUGUCUCUGAAAGAGAGCCCACCAACUCCAGGAUGAACCUAAGAUGUGAGGUGAUCUGUUCUCUGCCAACAAUAUAUGCAGCUUCCAGUAAUGUUCUUCUUUGGCAUAAGAAGCUUAAUAUGUGACUGAAAGUGAAUAAAUAAGCAAGUUGCCAGUUGCUCUCGUUUUUGUUUGUAGGAGUUAUUCUUGUUGUUCAGGUAUUUUUAAAAACAGGAGCAAGGGUAAAAUUGAAGAAGUUCCUUUAAAAAGGUAUCAGCUGAAAUUGUGUUACAUACUAUUUUGUUGUUCCAACAAAUAGCGAAAUGUUCUGUUGUUGCACUUUAUUGUGCAGUUCUGUUGUUUUUUUAAAAAAUUGUGUAAUGUAUAGUUUGUUGUGAGUACCAAAUUAUGUUAUAUACUUUCGUUAAUAUGUGAUUGAUCAGACAAUGUAAAAUAACUAGAAAGUAUUAUAGUACUGGAUGAAGGAGAGGGUGGUAGAAUGUGUUAUGCAUCUACCUAGUCAUGUUUUUCAUUACAAGUGACCUAUGAGAAAUAUAAAGGGUUUUAUGAAGCAGUGAACCUCAGCUCUAUGGUCCAGAGGACCAGUGGGUAUGUCUGAACAGUUCAUGAAAUAAUGCAUUUAGACUGAUGUAUUUCAAGCACGACACUGAAUAGUCAUUUUCCUGUGAUCUUUGUGCCAUAGGAAAUAUUUACAUUUUAUAUUUGUGAGCUUAAAUACAGGGUGUCCUCUCACAUGGAAAAACAGUAAUGAUUUGUGCAGUUGCUGAAAAGUGCAAGACAAGAUAAAAUGUGUUUGGGCAGCUGUUCUAUUUAACAAGUGCGAUGUCCGUGAGUUGCUGUCAAAAGGACCAAUAUGUUUCUGGUCAUUGUUGCUUGUAUUAUGUUUUUGUGGUAUCACUGAAUAAAAACAAUUUUGCUCCUGGCA